GCGGUGGCUGGUAAACUCUGCGAGUGUGUCCUCCGUCGGGUGCACGGCUGGACUCAGUACCCUGGGCUCCAUCCUAGCGGGGGUCCCUCUGCUGCCGCGGCGUCGCGCCCACUCUUGCUGGCCAGGACGGGACGCGGAGGUGGUGGCGCUCUUCGUUUGCUCUCCCCGCGACCUUUCCCGUCACCUCGUUCCCCAGACCCGGCAGCUCUGAAGCCCUGAAUUUCUUUCUCAGGGGCCACACUCCCGACCCUUGACCUUUCUUUCCAUCUCCUCCGAAGCGACUACCGUGUGCCCGCACCCUCAUUGCUUUCACUUUCCAGUGGCGUCCUGGUGGCAGGCAUCUCUCUUCUCAGGGAGAGAGCAGCAUGUCGCCAGCAAGGGUCCCGGCGCCUCAGGAUGAAGAGGCGGGAAGACAGGCCGUCCUCCCUGACUGCUCAGCUUCUCCUGUGUAAUCAGCUGCCCCUUUGGAAAUUGGGCAGGGGUUGCGGCUGGAUGCCGGUGUCACGACUGGUCUCGAGUAUACGAUGCAGAAAUAACAUGUUCCCAGCACUGGAAACAGAGAUAAAGCAGGAGACUCUUCCUGAUCCCUAUGAAGACUUUAUGUACCAUCACCUCCAGUAUUAUGGCUACUUCAGAGCUCAGAGAGGCAGUUUACCAAACUCUGCUACGCAACAACACGUUUGGAGGAAUAACCCUCGAUACCUGUUGAAUAGCUCUUUGGGGGAAAGAGAUGAUUUGAAGCUGGACACCCUGAAAAAGGAGACACUUGUGUGGCCUACUUGUUUGUCUUCAACUGUGCACAGACAGAUGGAGGCUGUAAGCAGAGAUUCAUUUCUGCUGAGUUCACCACUUCUUAGGAGUAGACAGCUUCUUUAUGACGAGUUGGACAAAGUAAAUCCACGUCUUCGAGAACCCCGAGAGCUCUUUGCCUUUUUCUCUAGUAAUGGACCACUGCAGGCUCCAAGAUGGCCAAUAGAAUGUGAGGUCAUCAAAGAAAACGUUCAUCAUAUUGAGUGGGUUCCACCUCAACCAGAAUAUUUCUAUCAACCUACAGGAAAUGAAAAGAUUCCAGAAAUUGUAGGAGAGGAAAAAGGCACAGUUGUCUAUCAGUUAGAUUCAGUUCCCACAGAAGGUGCCUAUUUUACCAUUUCCAGAGUAGGAGGCAAACGAGGAGUUAUCAAGGAACUUGCUAUCACAUUGCAAGGACCAGAAGAUAAUGCUCUACUGUUUGAAUCAAGGUUUGAGAGUGGGAAUCUGCAAAAAGCUGUCAGAGUAGACACCUAUGACUAUGAACUCACCUUGAGAACUGACCUCUACACAAACAAACACACUCAGUGGUUUUAUUUUCGUGUUCAAAACACCAGAAAAGAUGCCACCUAUCGCUUCACCAUUGUCAACUUGCUAAAACCCAAGAGCCUUUAUACUAUAGGGAUGAAGCCUCUCAUGUACUCCCAAUUGGACGCUAGCACCCACAAUAUUGGCUGGAGGAGAGAAGGGAAUGAAAUCAAGUACUUUAAGAACAACACAGAUGAUGGACAUCAGCCUUUCUACUGUCUCACGUGGACCAUUCAGUUUCCACAUGACCAGGACACUUGCUUCUUUGCACAUUUCUACCCAUAUACUUAUACUGAUUUGCAGUGCUACCUCCUGUCAGUGGCAAACAACCCCACCCAGUCUAGGUUCUGUAAGCUCCGAACUUUAUGCAGAAGCCUAGCAGGAAAUACUGUCUACCUGCUCACCAUCACCAACCCAUCCCAGACUCCUCAAGAGGCAGCUGCAAAGAAAGCCGUGGUCUUGAGUGCCAGAGUACACCCCGGAGAAAGUAAUAGCUCCUGGAUUAUGAAAGGCUUUCUGGACUUCAUCCUUAGUGACUCCCCAGAUGCCCGGCUCCUCAGAGAUAUCUUUGUUUUCAAGGUGAUUCCCAUGUUAAAUCCAGAUGGCGUGAUUGUGGGGAAUUAUCGGUGUUCAUUGUCAGGAAGGGACUUGAACAGGCAUUAUAAAACCAUUCUGAAGGAGUCUUUCCCUUGUAUUUGGUACACCAGGAACAUGAUCAAAAGACUUCUUGAAGAAAGAGAGGUUCUCUUGUAUUGUGAUUUCCACGGCCACAGCCGUAAGAAUAAUAUCUUCGUGUAUGGCUGUAAUAACAACGAUCGAAAGUACUGGCUUCGUGAGCGAGUCUUUCCUUUAAUGUUAAGCAAAAAUGCACCAGAUAAGUUCUCUUUUCGUAGUUGUAAUUUUAAGGUUCAAAAGUGCAAAGAAGGAACAGGGCGAGUUGUGAUGUGGCGGAUGGGAAUACUGAACAGCUACACCAUGGAGUCUACCUUCGGUGGAUCCACCCUCGGCAGUAAAAGAGACACUCACUUUACCAUUGAGGAUCUGAAGUCCCUAGGUUAUCAUGUCUGUGACACCCUUCUGGAUUUCUGUGAUCCUGACCAAACCAAGUUCACUCAGUGUCUAGGAGAGCUUAAGGAGCUCUUACAACAGGAAAUCCAAAAGAAAUUCAAUGAACGUGGACAAGAUAUGGAUUUAGAAGGAAGCUGGUGUGACAUCUCUUUGUCUGACAUUGAAUCUAGCACCAGUGGUUCUGACAGCUCCCUCUCAGAUGGUCUCCCUGCUCACCUACUGAACAUAGCCGAGGAGUUGAAACAGAAGAAGAUAUUUAAGAAGAAAAAAAAGAAGCCACUUCAGACUAGGAAACAGCGAAACAAGCGGUAUCAGAAAAGUAACUCAAUGCAGGAGUUUAAGUUAACAGAAGAUGCCCCAGAAACGGCAGGAUUUGCUUCUACUCUGCAAAAGCAGCCUACCUUUUUCAAAAAUUUGGAGAAUUCCACUUCUUCAGCAAUGAAAAAUGAAAAACCAAGGUUGAAUGAGACACAGUUAAAUGGAAGAGACAAAGGCACCUCCCUGGACCCACCAAUGACCACCCUGAUUCUGACUAAGAGUAAAGAGAAAAUGCAGAGUAAGAAGCCAGGCUUUACAAUAUCAUGCUCUCCAAAGAGAAGCACAAACUCCAGCCAAGAUCCAGCCUCAGGUAUGAAGCCAAACUGGCCUAGGAACAGAUAUCCUGCCACAAAGAGAGGCUGUGCCACCAUAGUGCCAUACCCGCCCCUGCACAUAUGCACGUACCCGUAGGUGUGCCUGGGCCACACCACGCAGGCACUUCCUCAGGGUGGAAUCCAAAAGCCACAUUUUGAGAUGGUGGGGAGAAGUAUGACGGGGAGCUACGUUCACUUGU